GCGGCAGGUGUCGGCAGCGUAGGCAUUCGGCGGCGAUGGAGCGGCUCCGGGGAGCUGCUGGCGACCUCUCGCGCUGGUCCCACAGUCUCAGCCUCCUCCUCCUCCUCCAGCUGCUGCCGCCGGCGACCCUCGGCCAGGACCGGCUGGACGCGCCGCCACCGCCCGCUGCGCCGCUGUCGCGCUGGUCCGGCCCCGUCGGGGUGAGCUGGGGGCUGCGCGCGGCCGCGCCUGGGGGCCCGGCUCCCCGCGGCGGCCGUUGGCGCCGCAGCGCGCUCGACGAGGAUGAGGACUGCGGCGGGGUCCGGGACUUCGUCGGCAGGCUGGCCAACAACACGCACCAGCAUGUGUUUGAUGAUCUCAGUGGCUCAGUAUCCUUGUCCUGGGUUGGAGAUACCACUGGGAUCAUUCUCGUCUUGACUACAUUCCAUGUACCACUGGUAAUUAUGACUUUCGGACAGUCCAAGCUAUAUCGAAGUGAGGACUAUGGAAAAAACUUUAAGGAUAUUACAAAUCUCAUCAAUAACACCUUCAUUCGGACUGAAUUUGGCAUGGCUAUUGGUCCUGAGAACUCUGGGAAGGUGAUUUUAACAGCAGAAGUGUCGGGAGGAAGUCACGGAGGAAGAAUCUUCAGAUCAUCCGAUUUUGCAAAGAACUUUGUUCAGACCAAUCUCCCUUUUCAUCCUCUGACUCAGAUGAUGUACAGUCCUCAGAAUUCUGAUUAUCUUUUAGCUCUCAGCACUGAAAAUGGCCUGUGGGUGUCCAAGAAUUUUGGGGGAAAAUGGGAAGAAAUCCACAAAGCAGUAUGUUUGGCCAAAUGGGGAUCAGAAAACACCAUCUUCUUUACCACCUAUGUGAAUGGCUCCUGCAAAGCUGACCUUGGGGCACUGGAAUUACGGAGAACUUCAGACUUGGGAAAAAGCUUCAAAACCAUUGGUGUGAAAAUCUACUCAUUUGGUCUUGGGGGACGUUUCCUUUUUGCCUCUGUGAUGGCUGAUAAGGAUACAACAAGAAGGAUUCAUGUGUCAACAGAUCAAGGGGACACAUGGAGCAUGGCCCAGCUCCCCUCUGUGGGGCAGGAACAAUUCUAUUCUAUUCUAGCAGCUAAUGAUGACAUGGUGUUCAUGCAUGUAGACGAACCUGGAGAUACCGGAUUUGGCACUAUAUUUACCUCGGACGAUCGAGGCAUUGUCUAUUCCAAGUCCUUGGACCGACACCUCUACACAACCACAGGUGGCGAGACAGACUUUACCAACGUGACCUCCCUCCGUGGGGUCUACAUGACAAGUGUGCUCUCAGAAGAUAAUUCUAUCCAGACUAUGAUCACUUUUGACCAAGGAGGAAGGUGGAAGCACCUAAGGAAGCCUGAGAACAGUGAAUGCGAUGCUACUGCAAAAAAUAAGAACGAGUGCAGCCUUCAUAUUCACGCUUCCUACAGCAUCUCCCAGAAACUAAACGUUCCAAUGGCCCCACUCUCAGAGCCUAACGCUGUUGGCAUAGUCAUCGCCCAUGGUAGCGUGGGGGAUGCCAUCUCAGUGAUGAUCCCAGAUGUGUACAUCUCAGAUGAUGGGGGUUACUCCUGGCUGAAGAUGCUGGAAGGACCUCACUAUUACACCAUCCUGGAUUCCGGAGGCAUCAUUGUAGCCAUCGAGCACAGCAGCCGUCCUAUCAAUGUGAUUAAGUUCUCCACAGACGAGGGUCAGUGCUGGCAAACCUACAUGUUUACCAGGGAGCCUAUCUACUUUACUGGCCUGGCUUCAGAACCUGGAGCUAGGUCCAUGAACAUCAGCAUCUGGGGUUUCACAGAAUCUUUCCUGACUCGCCAGUGGGUCUCCUACACCAUCGAUUUUAAAGAUAUCCUUGAAAGGAACUGUGAAGAGAAGGACUAUACCAUAUGGCUGGCUCACUCCACAGACCCUGGAGAUUAUGGAGAUGGCUGCAUCUUAGGCUAUAAAGAACAGUACCUACGGCUACGCAAGUCUUCCGUCUGUCAGAAUGGUCGGGACUAUGUUGUGACCAAGCAGCCGUCCGUCUGUCCCUGCUCCCUGGAGGACUUCCUCUGUGAUUUUGGCUACUUCCGUCCAGAAAAUGACUCCAAGUGUGUGGAACAGCCAGAACUCAAGGGCCACGACCUAGAGUUUUGUUUGUACGGGAGAGAAGAGCACCUGACGACAAAUGGGUACCGGAAAAUUCCAGGAGACAGAUGCGAGGGCGGAGUGAAUCCUGCUCGAGAAGUGAAAGACUUGAAAAAGAAGUGCACAAGCAACUUUCUGAGUCCAGAAAAGCAGGAUUACCGCCCACAGGGACACAACUUGUCCCAGAAUCCAGCUCCGCCUCCUCUUGGAUACAUUGAAAACACACACACCCUAUCUCCCACCCAAAAGCAGAAUUCCAAGUCAAAUUCUGUUCCGAUUAUCCUGGCUACUGUGGGAUUGAUGCUGGUCACAGUCGUAGCAGGAGUGCUCAUUGUGAAGAAGUACGUCUGUGGGGGAAGGUUCCUGGUGCAUCGAUACUCUGUGCUCCAGCAACAUGCGGAGGCCAACGGUGUGGAUGGUGUGGAUGCUUUGGACACAACCUCCCACACUCAUAAAAGUGGUUAUCAUGAUGACUCAGAUGAGGACCUCCUGGAAUAGCUCCUCAAAGGAGCUGGGACUGAGCACAGAUGAUGGAACCGCAGUACCUCUUACACUCCCUGUGGCUCCGACUUGGGGAAAUAAAUUUCCCAUUGCGAGGGACCCAGCUCUGUUUCUGCUGCUUCCAUCAAAGCCAAAAGGACCUACACUAAAGAAAUGGGGGGUGGGGACCCUAAACACUCUUACAAUUGGCCCUGAGAAGAGAGGGAAAAUUUUUAAUUCUUUAACUUUUCAUUUCAAGUUCUGUCUUUUUGCAAGGUACGGGCCCUUUUCGGUUUUGUUUUUGUUUUUUAAGGGAAAUGAAAUGGAAUUGAAGGGAACUUUUCACUAACCCCACUGUUGCAUGUUUUGCAUGGCGCCUGCCCCAGGGCACCUGCCAGCUUCAGCAUCAACUCUCACAAAGCACUUGGUGCCGUCCCUGGGCUGUGCUGGCAACACGAAGCAGCCGCAGAGAUGAGCACAGAGGCUGCGAUGACUGGCACAGCCUGGGCAGCCUUUCUCCAUCUGGGGACAGCCCCGCUCCAAGAACACUGCACACCAGCUCCUCCCACAGAUCCCUGCUUUUUGUUGUUGUUGUUGUUUUUUCAGGGACCAUAGGCCACAGUGAUUUUUCUUUUCCCCUGUUUAAUUAGGCAAUACCCUCAUUAAUUGCCCUUUGGCAACUAACUUACAUGUGCUUCCAAGACACUAAAUCAGGAAAACUUAAAGGGUAAUAUUUUUAAUUUGGGGCAGGAAAAAGGGAGCAGCAGAGAAUUGACUAGAUUUAGCACCUAUUAAAGGAGAAACUCUUGCUUCUUCCGAGAUCUUUCAAGCCAUGCUUUGUGUGUGUGCCAGUGGACUUGCUCAAGGUCUGGGUUCAGGCUUGCCCGGGCUGUGUGCCCAGGCUGAGCGAGCUCUUCGCUGGAGUGGCUGGUGGCAUGGGCCGUGCAGCCCCUGAGGAUGGCACGUCACAGUCUUCUGCGUCCCCUCCUGCCUGCUGUGCUGGCUCCUUGGUGAAUCAUAAGAAUGGCUGCUUAUUUGCUUCCUCUUAGGUUGCUGCUCUGCAUGGAGCCAUGACUAGACAUGUUUUCAGAUUUAGGCUUUUUUAAAAAAAUCAGAAUUUUAUUACCAGACUCUCCUCCUCUGCCCUUUUUCCCAGCUUUGCCAAGUAAUUUGUUGGCAUGAAACUUUUGGCUGAACCAACUGAAAAACACACUUCUAGUGUAGAUGAUGUUUCGUGUGAUACAUUAAGUUCGUAUUUUAAAUUUAAAAAAACUUUCCUUUUGACAUUUUUUAAAAUGAGAUAAAUUAGAAAAUGUAGCAAGAUGGAUUUUGGGGUGGCCAUAUAGUGAUGGAAAGCUGCAAUCGUUAGUUUUAAUACAGCUUGACUAUUUGCUAUACCGGAAUAUAGUAGCACGUUUUCAGUCUUAGCAUACCUACUGUGCCGGUCACAGUUUCUCCCAAUAAUUAUGAUUGGGACAUUCUUUGAUAAACUGCCGUUUUGUUGCUAGUUCACUUUAUGGCUAGAAAGUCAGGAAAAAGUAAAUGUGCCAAAUUAACUGUUGUCAGAAUGCGUGAGCAGAUGGCUGAGUUCUCUCCUCACCAGAAUGGAUUCACAGCCGCAGGGAAAGUGGGGGAGGGAAUGGAUGGAGAAUUCUAGAGACUUUGAAACUGCAGUAAACUUAAAUGAGUCAGGGAGCUAUAAAGUUAGGGCAGUUUUUGUAAAGAGAGUUAAUACUUGUUAGGGCCAGAGAACACUAGUCUUUUAGGAAAAGCUCAUUCCUUUUACAAGGUUUUUAAAUUAAAAGUAAUUCCAAAGAUAUACCAGCUCACAAAUGAUUUAAGUAUCGGCUUUUGUCCCCGGUCGCCCUCAACUCCUGCCCAAAAUGAAUUUGAUGUCCAGAAAAGACCUACUUACACCAUACACCUCUUCUCCCCACAUAUACCCGCUCGGGUAGGUGUGCUGAUACAUGGUAAUUCUCUGAUUAGUUUUAAGAUAGGAAAGUUAAUAUUCUUCUCUAACCGUAUAAGAUUAGGGCUCUUUGCCUAUAAUGAUAUUUCUAUAGAACUUGGCAGUUUUCACAGCACUUUUUCUCUUGCAUUAUGUAAUUUGAACCUUACAACAUUCUCGUGAGAUUUUAAAAAAAAAAAGGCGGGGGUUGUAAUCCCCAUUAGAGAUGGAGCUGAGGUACAAAAACGGAGCAAGUCGCCAGGGUCCCUGUGUGUUACGAGCACCGCCAGUGGUUGUCUUCAGAUCUCGUAUACGUUUUGAUGCGCGCCAGUGCUGAGCACCUGGAGAGGGCUGCUCUCUUAUAGAUGACUUGCUAUUCUUUAGGAUGCGGAUCAGUGACAUUUCUUGCAGAGCAGUAUUUAGCUCUUUUUUGCCACCUUGGUAAACAGAAGAGUUUAUUCUCCUGUUGUUCAUGGUUGAAAACAAAAGUAAUGGUAAUUUUGAAUAUGUGUUUAGAAACCGCCCCUCACCUUGUUGAGGGUCACUGUUCAAGAGUGCAGGAAUGGAAUCUCCAUUGAUGAGGCACCCUCUUCAUUCUUCUUGUCCUCCCACCACUGGCUGGCUAGCGAGCUCAGUUGGUUUGAGGACUGCUAACAAGCCUGGCUAGUUAGCCUUCUGGGUCAGCCUGCACUCACACAAGUGUAUGCCCUCACCCAGACAGGAAAACGGCCUAAAUCCAUGACAGCUUCUAAGAAAAGAAGAUUUCCAAUUUGUCCUAUCGAUGUUAGGUUAGGAGAAUUAUCUUUGAAAGUAAAGUUGUGUAAAGUCUCAGGCUUGAUAGCAAAAGAUUAUUUCAACAAUAGAAGUUAGCACUGUAAGGUAGGUUGGACAUAUUAGACCGUCCAAAGUGACCUGAGCUCUAAAAUCCAGGCGGAGAACUCAUCAUCCUUCGUGCUCUGUGGACAGGUGUCUUGGACGUAAGGGGGCUCUUGGUUUUUAGUGAGACCAGAGACCAGGGAUGCAUACACCUAGGCUGUUCAUUGAAUGGGAAUGCCCCUUAGAAGAAUGAAAGCGUUUGGAGGAUUGUGGCAGUUCUAGGCUGGGCUUAAGAGAUUCAACAGAUUAGCUGUAACUAAAACUUAGAAUUUGCCGUCUGCCUCUGAAUAGGCUUUCCAGUGUGCAUCUCUGUAAUUCUUAGGUUUGCCUCUGGGCCUCUACAUGCCCAAGCUGGCCUUUCAUCCCUGACAGAUAAGUAAUGAACUGGCCACCGCUGGCUCUGUAAACCAUUGCUGGUUCUCCCAUGGCCUUCAUCACGGUACAAGGAUAGAGAGAGGAGUACAGGGCAGUUCACAUCCACCCCAGGUGGCAGGACUGUCCUGACUUGAGUCAUUUCUUUAUUUUCUAGGCCAAUGAUUCAGGUAGAGAGAUUCUCUCUUUCCUUUUCGGAGAGCUUUAAAGAGCCCCGCUCCUGUAUACAAUGGCUUAGAGCUCGCCCUGCUCAUUUUUGGUACCGCCCCCUUGCCUCACAUGAAGCCCAGAUACUUGGAACUGCUAAAAUAGGAAGAGAUUCAGCUUUUCAACUUUGCUACUACCUUCCCUCAAGCAGGAAGAUUAACAUGGACUUACAUGUCCUUUGGACAAAAACCAAAGUUUAAGAUUUGCCACAUGAUGGAGUGAUAGGGAGGGCCAGACUUUCAGCACUGGCACUCAGCAGGUGCCAGACUUUCUGUUCCAUCUGCCACUGAUCCGCCCAGCUCAGGCAGCUCUGGCAGUGCUGUCCUGCCCUAGCAGAGCCCAGGCCUCACCCUCAUGGAGGAUGAUUAAAAUAGCAGGAACAUGUUGAUUUCUUGGCUACUUUGCAUUAUAACAAUAAGAAUCAGAACAUUAAUUAGAAAUUGUCUUCAACAACUUAACUGUACGCAUUUUUUCACACUGGUACAUUUUUAAGCGUCCUUGUUUAUAUAGGAUAACUUAAACUAAUCUGUACCUUUCUAUAUAUAUAUGUGUGUGUGUACAUAUAUACAUGUAUAAACUGUAUAGUGUACAUGUUAAUGAUUUAUUGAUAUGUCCCAAGUCUUUAAUGCAGUUCUCAUCCUCCGCAUGCCCUCAGUUUGUGGUCGGGUGACUUAAAUGUUCCUGAUGAUUCUGCCCACCUCCUGUGUUUGGACGUCUAGGGAGGAGGGGUUUGAUGGCACCCUCCUUAUCCUCGUGCACAGAAAUGCUCAGGGUCCCCGUGUGCCUGUUGUCCAGCCCUGUCUUGUCUCUUGUUCCCUAUCAGCAUGUGGUCCCUCCUUGCUCUGUAACUUCUCUGCCUCCACCCCAAGCUGUCGGUACAAAAGUGUAAAGCAGUAUUAAGAUCGUUACUGCAUGUAUGCUAAAAACCCAAGUUUUCUGUUCCUUUGGGACAGAAAAUUGCAUGUGAGGUGGGAUAAUCAAGUUUCAAUGACCAAUGUCGGUUACACAAAAAAGCCAGACCCUAGAAUAAAAUUCCACAAAAUGGAAAUAAAACUCAAAUUUCUUUAGCAUUAUGUAAAUAAAUCUGGGUGUGUUUAACUUUGUACUGGUAAUUUUCUGUAUAUUUGCAAUAUUUGGGUUAGAAAUAAAACAGACUGGACUUUGUUACCUGACCUAC